AUGUGUCCCCCAGCUCCCGUGAGUAUUGACCCUCAACUCCUCACAGCCACCACCUUAUCUGCAGAAUUUGCCCUGGCCAAAUGGGAGCUGUUCCUCGCUCCACUGGGAGCACUCCAAGAACCAUCUUCUGAGAACAGACUAGAGACAAGACCCGCAGGAUCAGAUGAUUGGGCGGAGCUGACUUCCGCCGGGGCGCUCUGGAGCGGGCAGAGAAACUACCUACAGCUGGAGAAAAGGGAAGCCAGUGAUCAGCUGCACCUGCCGCUUGGGUCGCACCAAGGUAGGGGCUUGGACAAACCUGUGAGGUCGGGAGACCUGGCAGCACUGGGUAAACAGAACCGUGAGGAAGUUAACUAUCAUAACAUCUGUGCUUGUGAUCUUAUCAACCCGCAGAUACCGAAACCAGUAGGGAAGGGAGCUGCGAGCAGCCUUUCAUCUCCGCUCACCCAUGCAGUAGGGAAAAAGCCUGAGGAGGCACAUCCUGCGAGCAAGUUUGAAAAGAAAAGAAUGGAAGGUCCCGACCAACGAGGACCGACAAAGAAAGUCCGAAAAACGUUUGCGUGGAAACACCACGGUAGUCUUUCUUCCGUCCCCUCUCUGCCAACUGUGUCUCUGAGGAAUCGCAGGCUCGAUCCACACACACGGUUUUUUGUAAAAUACAGCCAAAAUCUUACUGACUGCGAGUGUCGGGGAUGCCAAGGAGGAGGAAACGAUCCUGGUUGCCACUCCCUUCUUAGCCGGCUGCCUGCCCGCCUCACUUCCCGCUACCCCCGGAGAAACGUUCCCGCACGUCCUGUUCAAAAUUAUACAGUGGAUUCCCAUCAUCAGAAGCAGAACAUUUUAAAUGCAUUUUUUAAUGGAAAGAACAUGUGUCUGGUUUUUAAAAGUUUGCCAGUCUCUCUUUCUCCCACUCUUCGUUUCAGUUCCACAGCCCACCCUCAGAUACCACCAUUUUUGCCAGUUUCUUCAGGAUCUGGAAAAAUAAUCCUUAAUCCUUUGAGCAUAUAGAAUUCUUUCUGAUUUGAACGUUGCCUGCUGGCCCAGUUCAUCCUCUGUGGGAUGCCUCCCCACUUCACAAGAGUUCCAGCACUGCUACUGGACUUUGCUUAAAAACCCUUAAAUACCCUCGUGGUUGAUGGCUCACUCUGGCAACGUCCUAUUUUUGUAAAUCUCAGAUGAAGUUCUUUGCUAGGAAGUCCUGCUGAGUCUCUCAAGCAAACCUGAACCUUUUGUCUAUGCACCCUGCUUUGUCCAUACCCUUUAUUAAAAUCCAUCUUCUUUUAAUUAUUUGUUUGCACAGGUGGUACUUCAUUAGAUUAUGAGAUUCUUGAAGACGAUCCCAAUGUUGAACACAAAUGUGGUGGUGGGGGAGUUGCUUAGCAAAUGUUGGUUACGGGAAUGAAUGAUUAGAUCAUUAAACAAAUGUAUUGAUCUCAUCACAUGUCAGAUGCUGGGCAAGAUUCUAGGCAUAAAGUGGUAAAAAAAAAAAUGUUCUUUUGCUCAUAGAAUUCAUAGUUAAGUGUGGGAAACAGAAAAUAAACAUUAAUUCAGGUAGCAAAAUGUCCAUGUACUAAUGAAUGGAUUUAUACAAUGAAAUAUUAUUUAGCAAUA